AUGCCCCGCUGCCGCUGCCACUGCUGUGAGGGCUGCAGCGGCGGCGGCUCCCCGGGCGGCGAGGCGGAGGGCGGCCGCGGCCGGGGCCCCAGCUUGAAGUCGCUGCUGCUGAGCCGCUUCUUGGUGCUGCUGCCUUGGAUGCUGCUGGUGAUCGUCAUGAUGGACACUGGCGGCAGCCACCGGGCGCCCCGUCCACAGCUCGCCUCCUCGCGGCAGCCCCUGUCCCAGCCGCAGCAUCCGGGGGCGCCGCGGCGCCGGGAGGCCGAGCUGCCCGUCAUCUACACCAUCACGCCGACCUACAGCCGCCCGGUGCAGAAAGCCGAGCUCACGCGUCUGGCCAACACGUUCCGCCAGGUGGCGCGCCUGCAUUGGGUCCUGGUGGAAGACUCCGCCGUGGGCACCGAGCUGGUCAGCCGCUUCGUGGCGGGGCUCCUGCGCAGCGGAGGCCCGCCUUGUACCCACCUGCACGCCCUCACGCCCAGGAGGUUCAAGCGGCCCGGCCAACCCCGAGCCACGGAGCAGCGCAACGCCGGCCUGGCUUGGGUCCGCCAGAGGCACCAGCGCCUGCCUUCCCCGCAGCCGGGCGUCGUGUUCUUUGCCGACGACGACAACACAUACAGUCUGGAGCUCUUCCAGGAGAUGCGCACAACCCAUAAAGUGUCUGUAUGGCCUGUGGGUCUGGCAGGCGGCCGACGCUAUGAGCGCCCAGUUGUGGAAAAGGGCAAGGUUGUUGGAUGGUACACUGGCUGGCGGGCAGGUAGACCUUUUCCCAUUGACAUGGCCGGGUUUGCUGUGAGCCUUCAGGUGAUCUUAUCCAACCCUAAAGCGAUAUUCAGACGCCAUGGAUCCCAACCAGGAAUGCAGGAAUCUGAUUUUCUCAGACAGAUCACCACAGUAGAAGAGCUGGAACCAAAAGCCAACAACUGCACAAAGGUUCUUGUAUGGCACACGAGAACUGAAAAGGUAAAUCUAUCUAAUGAGCCAAAGUACCACCUGGACAGUGUCAAAAUUGAAGUAUGAUACGUAAGCAUAAAAUGGGAAAUAACAAAAUUAACGGUUGCAUCCUUGAAACAGCUAAACAUUCAAACUGCGGUUUGCUUUUGUGCAACAACUUACUUUACCAGUCUCAGUUAAGACUUAUCAGAUGGCUGUAAUUUGUCUUGCAUGUGUUUGGAUUUAUUUAUUUAUUUUUUAAAAAUCUGUUUUAGUACUUUAUCCAAAUCUUAGAUUGUUCUUACACAAGACGUUCAAUGAAAUGUAGCGGAACACUAAGAGAGUGACUGAUCUAAACAAAUGCAAAAUUUCCAAUUCAUUUAUAAAUAGCAGCUUCCAGAUUAUUAUGUUCAAAGUUUAUUGUUCCUGAAUUAAACAGCUUUGCUUUUGAAGAACAGUAGAUAAAAGAGGUCUUUAUAGAAUGAAAAAAAAAAUCACAUGAUGUUUAUGGAUUUCUUUAAUAGAGGGAAGCAACAGCUUAUUGAUACGAGGCACCAUAAAAUGUAAACACAGUUACUGGCAUAAACCUGGAUACAGCUGUAGAAAAUAAAAGUAAAUGUACAAUUGA